AGUAAAAAGAAGAGAAGAAGAAGCACAUGACGGCGGCCCGGGGAGGGAACGUCAUUAAUGAUUCCUCGAGCUGCAACCUCACAACAUCCUCAAAAGAACGACAAAACGACACAUUCAUCAUCCGAACUACUAGUCACUAUCUAGUCAAUCAACCGGAUGCGGAGUCCCCGACUACUGCUCAUCUCUAAGCGCCCGCUGUCAACAAUAGCCCACCACCAGAUGAGUUCCCCAAUGACCAGUCGCAAGGGCUCGCUGCCCCAUCAACUGCGCACUGCAGCAGAGCCCCGCCAGAACCGACUGUACAAUGUGCGCCUGUCGCACGUCGAGCAGGCCAAUCCGUCGGUGCGCCUGCUGCAGUUGACCAUUCCUCCCGAAAUACAAGACCUGGAGGAGGAGGAGAGGGAAGAGGAGCUGGAAGAAGGCGAACCCCUGACCUUCCUCCCGGGCCAGUGGCUGGACGUACACAUCCCGACCAUCCCCCACGCGGGCGGCUUCAGCAUCACCUCCACGCCGGCCGACGCGCAGGUCCUCCCGCCUCUGGCGUCCCCGAGUGCCACCGAGGCUAUCGCGAUCGAGGAAACGGGCCUCCCGCCACUCGACCCGCGCGGCCGGCCGCCGUACGUGGAACUGGCGGUCCAAAAGGCCCCCUCCAACCCAGCCAGCGCAUGGCUAUGGAAACCCGCGCACGAGAUCCUGGGCACGCAGCUGAGCAUUCGUAUCGGAGGGGGGUUCGUGUGGCCUCCAACCGGCGUUUCUCUGGACGAGAUCAAAAAUGUAGUGUUCAUUGCCGGGGGCGUGGGUAUCAAGUAAGUCCACAGCUUAUACUUACUUGUACUUGCUGUACCGAGUACAUCAUGAUAAACUAUCAACCAUCAACUUCACAUCUGGAAGAGCAACCCCCUCCCUCUCCCCCUCCCCCUCCGCUGUUCUCCUCUGGAGAAGAAUAGUCCACUAAUAGAUAUAAAAUAACCCCCAUAGCCCCCUAACAUCCAUCCUCUCACACCUAAACAAUGACUCCGACGAAACCACCACCCCGCGCCACC